AUGGGAUACUUACAAGAUGGAAAUGCCUCAGCAAACAUAAGUUACUUUAUUAGCGUUUUGCAUGAAUGCUACUUAGAUACGAUUUCUUCUAAUAGCAUUAACAGUGUUUUGUAUGAUGCCUAUUAAUAUUAAUAAGAAAUAGUUAUUGCUAAUCUAAACUGGACUCAUUCUAAAUAAAACAUAUGUCCUGACAUAACUUAUGAACUUCUUGAAGCAGGUACUAAUUAAACUCUAAAACCUGAAGAUCAAUAAUACAUUUACUUCAAAGAUAAUCAGUUGAGAGUAAUGAGCAACCUCAACUAUAAUUGGAAGAGUUUCACUUUAAAUUUGCAAGCAAACGUUAAGUAGCCAACAAUUGUAUACUACAUUGGAGAUCCCUAAAAAAAAUUUAGCAUUGACAGAUGGUAUGAUGCUACUAAAAGAUGUGGUGUUGUAUUAUAAUCAUUUUAGGUAUAAUUUCCAAACGGUACUGUAACUAAUUUAUUGAAUUCAACACUACCCUAUUUACAAUUAUACUAUUGGGAUGUAAUUAACUUUUUAGUAGAAGCUAAUGACAAUUCAAUAGCUAAUUACAGCACAUUAACACUUACUAUCACAAUAAAAGGAUCUCUUUUAAAUGGUUUAUAUAAUACAACAAACUUUGAUAUCUAAUUUAUUGAUCGCUGUAGUUAAGCUAUACUAUCAUAAGAUGUUUAAAAAAAGGAAUAACCAAUAUAAUAUUUCAUAAACUAGAGAAACCAAUUUUUAGAAAUAGAUGAUAUAACUUCAACAAUGUCAAGCUCAAAGUGUGGUAAUUAUAUUUAUUCCAUAAUUAACGUAACUGAUAAUAAUGGUCAAAUUUUAAAUGAGACUAUAUUUUAAUUCACCACUAACAGCUAGAUUGGAGUUUUUACUAAUGAUGAAAAAAAUGUUAAUCUUUCCCCUUUAAGAUUAUUUGUUAGUGCAAGAUAGAGCAGAUAUACCUCUCAAACUAUAACUUUAAUUUAUCAAUUCGAUAUGAAAAUGUCCUGUGAUUAUGAUUAAAUCAUUGCUCCAUCGUUAAAUAAUACCUAUUAUUAUGAUAUAUCAGAUUAUCCUUUAGUUAUUGACAAUAUAAUUUUCCAAUAGUUGUACCCAAAUUACUGUCCUAAAAUCGAUUAAAUUUAUUGCUAAAAUUAUGACACUUAAACCUCUUGUAAUGAUAAUAUAUUCAAAGAUAAAUUAAAAGAUGAAACUUUAUAAAUAGAAACACAAAAUACUGGCUAUGCAGGCGAAUAUAAAUUGAUUAUUUGGGCUCAAGUCAGUAGGUCUGGACUAAAAAAUUCAACAUUUAUCAAUGUUCUACUGACUAAUAAAUGUAAAACAAAUAAGAUUCUUCUGGAAAAUGCUCCAUCUUCACUAAUUGAAUAUGAUAUCAGUUUUGGAAAAGAAAAGAAUACAGUUUAGCUAAAUUGGUCAAAGAGUGAAAAUCUAUGUCCUCAUCCUAUAAAUUAUUAACUUUGGGAUAUUUCAUCUGACUCUGAAGUACAUCCAGAUUCUGAAGUUUUCUUGAUUAAUCAGCAAACAGGGCUAGCUUUGAUGAAUGGAAUACUAGUUACUCAUACUGUGGAAGCUUCAAAUACCAAAUAGGGUAUCUAAUGCCACUGGGAACAUUGCCUGCUUUUAUAAAAUUUGAUUCAAUUACAAGAAAUUUGA